UUCUUUCUUUCUUUCUCUUCUCUCUCUCUCUCUAAAAAGUUGAGUACUUUUAUUAGCUCUCAUCACUUCACACAGAAGAAGAUGGUAUUUUUAUUUCUUUCUGCUGAUGGCUGCAUCAAAUGAUUUGAAAAGCUGAGUCAAAUCAGAAGAAGAAAAAGAAAGUUAUAAUAAUAAUAAUAAUAAUAAUAUCAAAAAUAUUAUUUUCAGAUUAGUUGGUGUUAUUUGUUUAUUGUGGAGAAAAAAUAAAUUAAAAAAGAAGAGAAAAUGGCAUCUUAUUUUCAUGGAAAUUCAGAAAUACAAGAAGGAAAUGAUGGAUUACAAACUCUAAUACUAAUGAAUCCUGGAUAUGUUGGAUUUUCUGAAACACAACAUCACCACGCGCCACCACCGCCGCCGCCAGGUGGCAGCAGCAGCAGCAACAUAGUUUUCUUCAACUCCAAUCCUAUUGGAAAUUCAAUAAACUUAUCUCACGCGCCACCACCUCCGCCACCGCCACAACAACAUUUCGUCGGUAUACCUCUCGCCACCGCCGCCUUCACCGCCCCAUCUCAAGACUCCGGUAACAACAACAACAACGAGUCAAUCUCCGCCCUUCACGGCUUCCUAGCUCGAUCGUCUCAGUACGGGUUUUACAACCCGGCUAACGACCUCUCGGCGGCGCGUGAGAUCACACGCGCUCAUCAUCAUCAGCAGCAAGGGCUUUCACUUAGCCUGUCCUCAUCCCAGCAGCCGGGGUUUGGGAACUUCACGGCGGCGCGUGAGCUUGUUUCUUCGCCUUCGGGUUCGGCUUCGGCUUCCGGGAUGCAACAACAACAACAGCAACAACAGAGUAUUAGUAGUGUGCCUUUGAGUUCUAAGUACAUGAAGGCUGCACAAGAGCUACUUGAUGAAGUUGUAAAUGUUGGAAAAUCAAUGAGAAGUACUAAUAGUACUGAUGUUGUUGUUAAUAAUGAUGUCAAGAAAUCGAAGAAUAUGGCCGAUAUGGACGGACAGUUAGACGGAGUUGGAGCAGACAAAGACGGAGCUCCAACAACUGAGCUAAGUACCGCGGAGAGACAAGAAAUUCAAAUGAAGAAAGCAAAACUUGUUAACAUGCUUGACGAGGUGGAGCAGAGGUAUAGACAUUAUCAUCACCAAAUGCAGUCAGUGAUACAUUGGUUGGAGCAAGCUGCUGGUAUUGGAUCAGCAAAAACAUAUACAGCAUUGGCUUUGCAGACAAUUUCGAAGCAAUUUAGGUGUCUUAAGGACGCGAUAAUUGGUCAAAUACGAUCAGCAAGCAAGACGUUAGGCGAAGAAGAUAGUUUGGGAGGGAAGAUUGAAGGUUCAAGGCUUAAAUUUGUUGAUAAUCAGCUAAGACAGCAAAGGGCUUUGCAACAAUUGGGAAUGAUCCAGCAUAAUGCUUGGAGACCUCAGAGAGGAUUGCCCGAACGAGCUGUUUCUGUUCUUCGCGCUUGGCUCUUUGAACAUUUCCUCCAUCCUUAUCCCAAGGAUUCAGACAAAAUGAUGCUAGCAAAACAAACAGGGCUAACUAGGAGUCAGGUGUCGAAUUGGUUCAUCAAUGCUCGAGUUCGUCUUUGGAAGCCAAUGGUUGAAGAGAUGUACUUGGAAGAGAUAAAAGAACACGAACAGAACGGAUUGGGUCAAGAAAAGACGAGCAAAUUAGGCGAACAGAACGAAGAUUCAACAACAUCAAGAUCCAUUGCUACACAAGACAAAAGCCCUGGUUCAGAUAGCCAAAACAAGAGUUUUGUCUCAAAACAGGACAAUCAUUUGCCCCAACACAACCCUGCUUCACCAAUGCCGAUGUCCAACGCCACUUCCAUACCCACUAUCGGUAUGACCAUCCGUAAUCAGUCUGCUGGUUUCAACCUCAUUGGAUCACCAGAGAUCGAAAGCAUCGACAUUACUCAAGGGAGUCCAAAGAAACCGAGGAACAACGAGAUGUUGCAUUCACCAAACAGCAUUCCAUCCAUCAACAUGGAUGUAAAGCCUAACGAGGAACAAAUGUCAAUGAAGUUUGGUGAUGAUAGGCAGGACAGAGAUGGAUUCUCACUAAUGGGAGGACCGAUGAACUUCAUGGGAGGAUUCGGAGCCUAUCCCAUUGGAGAAAUUGCUCGGUUUAGCACCGAGCAAUUCUCAGCACCAUACUCAACCAGUGGCACAGUUUCACUCACUCUUGGCCUACCACAUAACGAAAACCUCUCAAUGUCUGCAACACACCACAGUUUCCUUCCAAUUCCAACACAAAACAUCCAAAUUGGAAGUGAACCAAAUCAUGAGUUUGGUAGCUUAAACACACCAACAUCAGCUCACUCAACAUCAAGCGUCUACGAAAACUUCAACAUUCAGAACAGAAAGAGGUUCGCCGCACCCUUGUUACCAGAUUUUGUUGCCUGAUCACAAAAACAAAAACAGGAUUUAGCGACAGACAAACUUCUGUCGCUAAACAAGAACAUGAUUUAGCGACAGAUAACUUCAGUCGCUAACUUAGCGACUGAAAACUUCUGUCGCUAAGCAUGAACAUGUAUUAGCGACAUACAGUAUGCAACUGUAUGUCGCUAAACAAGAACAUGAUGAAUUAGUGACGGACAACUUCUGUCGCUAAACAACAAAAAAAAAUUCCAUGUUUUAGUAUAUUGUUUCUCAUUCUAUCAUAUCAUGGUAGUGUAAAGAAUCAAGAAACAAGUUUUACAUAGUUGCAUAGUCUUUAUACAUUGGAGAUGAAGAACCAUUUAAGUUCUUCAAAAUAGAUAGAUUUUCUAGGUUACUUCUAGAAGAUAUAUAUAUGGUU